AUGACUUCCUCCUGGGAUAAACGACGGGCUUUUGCCAAGACAGUUCUUCAAACCUUGCAACAGUAUGGCUUUGAUGGUGUUGAUUUGGACUGGGAAUAUCCUGCGGCGUCGGACCGAGGGGGCAAAGACGCGGAUACUCUCAACUAUGUUUUGCUGAUCAACCAGUUGAAAGAGACAUUUGACGCGUCUGGUCAAGCCUACGGGAUUACCUUCACUAUUCCAACUAGUUAUUGGUACAUGCAACAUUUCGACGUCCCCGCAAUGCUUGACGGUGGCGCAGACUGGGCCAAUCUGAUGGCUUAUGACUUGCAUGGUGUCUGGGAUAGCAAUGACCCAUACAUCGGAAAGGUGAUUGGCUCACACACCAACCUAACGGAAAUCAAACAAUCACUCGACCUGCUCUGGCGGGCUGGAGUCGACCCGUCGCAGGUCGUGAUGGGCAUGGGCUUCUAUGGCCGUUCGUUCACCCUAUCUGACCUCUCCUGCGCAGACCCUGGCUGUCCAUUUGCAGAAGGCGGCGUUGCGGGACCUUGUUCCAAUAGCUCUGGAAUUCUGUCUUACAAAGAGAUCACGCAGAUCGUUAAUGAGCAGGGCUCUGAGCUCAUCUGGAACGAAGAAGCAGCCGUUAACUAUCUUGUCUGGAACGGCGACCAAUGGAUCUCAUUUGAUAAUGCGCAAACCUUUCAGCAGAAGGUUGAUUACGCGAAUUCAGUCUGCCUGGGAGGCGUCAUGAUCUGGGCAGUUGAUCAGGAUACUUAUGAUUGGCAGGCUCUUUCUGGUCUUCUUGGACAGGCUGUUGAUGGGAACGAUCUUCUCGACGGCGGCGUGCUAUCAGAUUCCCAGAAGAAAUCACUUGUCCAUGACCUGUCAGCAUACACGGGCACUGAAUGUUAUAUCAGCGACUGCGUGGACGUGAACACUGGGCAAUGCAAAACAGGGUAUAGUGUCCUGGACUAUGUUCACUCUGCGUCUGGUGACGGUGGUGCGCUUCAGAAUCCCGACAGCAAGCAGUGUCACUCUGGUGGUGAGACUGACGGCAAUGCCCAGUAUCGCAUGAUUUGCUGCCCGACUAAUGCCAUGCCUAAGGGCUGCACUUGGGAGGGAGGAAAUGAAUUCGGCCUAUGUACUGGGACCAGUAGCACCUGUGGCGACAACAAGUAUGAGCUGGUGGCAGACACAUACAAUGAUCGGACUGGAAUCAUACAAUGCGUGAUCAACCAGAGAUCACUUUGUUGUAAUACCAACAGUCUGCUGAAUCAAUGCCAUUGGAGUGGAUGCGCAGAAUCCUGCCCUACUAACUGGACAACAAACGAGUGGGGAAGCACAACUGGAGGAUCUAACUUGAGCCCCGAUGCGGAAACUUCGUGUCAACACCUCUACAGUUUCUGUUGCCCUUCUUCAGACACAUACAAAAACUGUGACUGGCAUUUUUGCGACACCUGUCCGAGCGAUAAGGUGCUUAUUACUCGGCGUACAGAAGUUGAUUUGUUAAUCAACAAUAACAAUUAUUGGGAAUGUGGCAAAGGAGUGGGACACGCGCCUUACAACUCGUUUUGCUGCGAUCCCCCUUCUGCCUCCCAAAAUCGGCCUGUGGAUCCAGCAGAUCUCUUUGAGUAUCCUGAUGAAGAUCAUGUGAUGUACUAUUAUGAUGUUGAGAAGACAUCAAACGAUGAUACAACCAAUGAUAAAAGUACAGAUCCAUUUGCAUUUGUCAUGAUCGAUGGCGAUCCGCAAGCAUACGACGAGAGUCUUGUCGAUCAAUGGACCUUCCUCGUGGACCAGGAACAACUAACCAAGCGGUCUCUGAAGAUGCACGAACGGCGAAGCAUGUUUGAAUACCGCGAUGAUACUUUCGAUAAUGAGAUCGAGGUGUAUCAUAUCCAGUGCUCCUCUUCUUUCAUCAACGGUACCAGUGGUUGUAUGUCGAUUUUCGAUGGUGGUGCAAACAACACGAUCGUGAAGAUACCCAAAGAUAUCGGAGCCGGUCCAUUUGCACGGGUUAUUAGCCUUGUUCCGAUGGGCUCUGCUGGCAAAUCCGCUCGUUCUAAUGUCUUACCGCGCUCAAGCACCGAUACAUACGAAUUGACUGUUGACUACAACUUGGCCGCUGCAUCGCCGGAGAGACAGGGAGAUGUUAAUUUCCGAGUUGAUUACACCAAUCUUCUUGAAUACUGGAAGCAUAUCACCGACACCCUAUCUAGCAAGCGUAAGCGCUGGUUUGGUAGUUUUAGUAAUUGGUUGUCCAAGAUGACUACAAUUAUAAAGGAUGAUCAAGGGUCCCUUCCGAUGGAAUACGACGAAACCGUCAAGCUCUUCCACGCUGAGGGUCAUUGUCCUGAUCUCAAUAUCACCGCUACCGUGGAUCUUGACGCCAACAUCCAUUUGGGCCUCAAUGCCCAGUAUGGAUAUUACUUUGAGGGCGCCAUUCUCCCAUCCCCUUCUUUGAUUGCCGCUUAUGGUUACUUCUCAGUUGCGCCUGAAGCAGCGAUUCUCUUAACCCUUCGCGGGGAGGCUGUCUGGCAGUCAACUACCGGAACACAAUCAAUUAUCAGCGGCAUUACAUUCCCCGGUCUCUCCAUCAAAGGUCUAAUCAGUAUUGGACCAGAGCUUGAGCUGACUGGUAAGCUGGAUGCGUCGCUCAGUAUCUCUGGAGAGCUGAACGCCGGCGUCGUUGCAUCGUGGCCCCGUGCCGAAGUGUAUUUCCCUCAGGAUGACGGUGGUGCGGAUGCGACCAUCAUGCCCGAAGAUCUUAAUGGUGAUGAUCCACAGACUUUCCGUGUUGAGCCUGUCUUCGAUGCUUCCCUGACGGCAGAAGGAAAUAUGGCUUUGACACUGACCCCACAGGUUAAAUUCGGUAUCUCUGUCCUGGGCGGAGAUCUCAUGUCUGGAUAUGUGACAACUGGUGUCGAUAACACCGUUUCAUUAGGUGUCAAUGCAUCUGCAUCUGUAUCCUACGAUGGCACUUCGUCUGCGGGAUUUUGCUACUGGGCCGAUUACGUAUACUCUUUCUUUGUUUCCGCUGACGUCUCUUUCCUCAAUGAUCUUGCGUACUGGGGCAGCACGUAUGAGGUGGCUUCCCCUGAUGACCCGAUUGUCUUGGUGGAUAACACGUGCAUCACAUACUCAGGUAACGACCCCCUUGCCAAGCGGAGCAGCGUGGACAGCCUCGCCGCUAAUACCACCGGCCCUGGCUGCUUUGGUGGACUGGUGCAAUGUUCGACUAGUAUUGGUGUUGGCAAUUCCUCCUGUACAUUGACCAGCGACGACUCGGACUCGGACACAACAACCACCAAGCGUGCACAGCAGCAGUGCUAUAACUUACCUGCGCUCUUCUACAAUUGCGAUCUUUUUGGCACAGCCUAUGUCACGAACCGCAAUCAAAACACGAUGGGGAACUCUCCUUCGGUAGCAUUUAUUGGUAUCUGCCAGAAUAUUUACGCAUAUAUGAUGAAGAAUCAAGGCAAACUCCAAGGAAAUGGAAUGGAGCUUACCUACUGGUCAACUGAGGAGCAACCAAAACCUGGAAAUCGACACAAUGCAUGCUCUGCCAAGUCCAAGGAGUGCGUGCAGAGUAAAACUGCCCUGUGGCCAACAGAAGUACAGGAUAUGUAUAACUGGAAAAGCACGCAGACUGUCAAUGGUAAGCGUGUUAUAGUUCCGGCACCGACUGACUAUACCAUAAUGGAGGGCUAUGAUGAUAGUAUCUCGUGCGAUGAAUUUCCUUUCAAUUCCUCUGAGGAAGGAGGUACUGGUGCGGAAGUUGCAUGUGUAACCAAGGAGCAGCAGGAUUACCAGGGCACGAUCCAAACCCUGAUAUCUAAUAUAGGGACAAGAACUGGCGUUGACAUAAAAUGGAGCGGAUGGGAUACUCAGAAUGUUUGGACCGGUCAGCCACGCAAGUACAGAAUCAAUCUCGUGAAUGGCGGAACCAACGGCUAUGAUUUGUCUUACGCGGGCGAACUUACCUACACACCCAACGCUGUGUGCGCGAUCGGAGCAGAGUGGAAUGCACUGCUUAAUAUUAACGAGGGCCGUGGGUAUGGAUGUACCGUCACUUUCGCGGCACAGAUGACUGUGUUCAAGAGGGCUCAGGAUCCUGAUGAUCCCACCACCUGGGUAGUUAAGAAGGUGGAAAUCACCGAGGAGUCCUUGAAGAACCCAAUUCCUCUUUUCACCGAUGAUGGAAAGGGCUUUCUCGACCACGCAGCGCGCGAUCUUGAGGAUAUGAUGGAAGAAAUGACUCUCGAGGCUAAUCAAGAGAAGGAACCCAUGAUCACGGCCGCACCGCACGCAAGUCAUUUGCGAGAGCACAAAAAUUCUCACCAUCAUCACCACUGA